AUGAACUUUCAAGUUAGAAAUAAAGUAACUAAUAUAACUAGUAACGAUUAUAUUGGUGUUGGAAGUAAAGAUAUUAUUAUUGAAGAUAUUAGGGUUGAAAGCGAAAGUAUUAAUUUUGAAGUCGAAAGUACUAAUAUGGAAGUUGAUGAUUCUGCUAAUAAUAUUACCUCUGUUGGAACCGAAAUAUUUCCUCUUGUUGAUCAAAAAAUUUCAGAAUUCUUAACGCCGCAAAUUAUUUCUGCAGAGCGUACUGAAAUGGCACAGUGUCUAUAUUAUGAUGCAACACUAGUUGAUUUAACAAUGAUACAUUCAGAUAAUGAUAAUGAGGAUGAAAAUGUGGAUGAUAAAUUUAUCGAAGAUGUUUACGAUGCGAGGCAAGCGUUACUUAAAUCUCUAAUAACAGAAGUCGAUCAAGAAAAUAUUCAAGAAAUUUGGCUGCUUACUGACAAACGUCCAGGAAACAAUCGACGAAAACAUUUUAUAAUUGUUAUGGAUCCUGUGUCUUAUUUAUGCACCUGCAUGUCUAAUGUUUUGCGAGAUAUUUUAUGCCGUCAUUACUUUCAGGUGAUGUUGGUAUCACAUGUAGCUGGAUUUCACAUCAAAAUGAUAGCAUCACGUUGGUAUUGUGAUAGCAAGAAAGAAAUGACUAACAACCUUAAUGUGAUCUUUGUAAAUGAGCAUGCUGUUCCAGUUCGGCGCUCCAAAUAUGGUAAAUUGUGGGGCCUUGCACAACAGGCUACGCAGCUUGUAGUUGAAUGUAAUGACAAUGAAAUGUCACAAUGGCUAAAAACAUUUAUUGAUCAGAAAAAACGGUUACUCGCAAGUAACAACGAAGAUGAAACGAAUGAACCUGAUAGUGGCAACAAUGCAAAAAAAAAUUUAGAAAUCGCCAAUCCUCCAGUUACAAAACAUAAGGGCAGAUCUGCGAAUAAAUGA